AUGUUUGGUGCUGGUCUCCAGGUUGUGUUGCGUAUACCUACUGACAUAUGGCCAUUACGUCCUGUGUCAGAUGUUUGGAAUCAGUCUCCAGGGAAGUACUUGAGCGUACGCACUCAAGGCCUGAUCCCUGCAUGCUGUGUUCCAAUGUUUAGAUCUACCGUGACAAAAUAUCUCAAUGAUACGGAAUACAGUCAUUGGUCAAUUAUUUCUAUCUUGGAGUACACAAAAUUGAAUGGCAAAUUAUAUGUAGAUUCCAUCAACGACCUUAAGGCUGAUAUAUAUGCAUCGUAUAAAGAAAAAUUGAAAGAAUUUAUUGAUAAACUUCGAGAGGAUCAAGAAGAACGUGGGUUUGAUACAGCUUUUCAGAUCAAUGUCGCACCUGUCUGCACAAUUAAAGCUUUGAAGAGCUACCGCACGAAUCAAGUACUUAUCAGUGAAUUAAAAGAUGAAAACAAGGAAGGAGAACCAUAUUCUGGAAUGGUACUUAGAAAAAGAAAAAACCGAGUAAAUUAUGCUGAAAGUUUAUCAGAAGUAGAGACAGACUUAGAUUACGAAGAAGAAUCAAAGGAAGCAAAAAAACGACUCAUAGUUAAUACCCAUUCUGCGGAUGAUAAAAUAAAUGAAAUUGAAUAUGAACAAAUCGACUCUGCAGAAUUCUUACAUUGUGAUUUCAACGAAACAUACAAUACUAAACAAGAACUAUAG